UGCCUAAUCAGCAAAUUUUCUCGUGGACGUUUCCAGAAUUCUGGCACGAUUGAAGAAGACUCCGUCCAGCACCUGCUAUAAAGUAUUCAACUAAUAUAAAGUAGAAAAGAAUAAAAAAGAUGUCUGCUGUAAAGUUAAUUAAUCCAAAAGCAGAAGUUGCAAGAGCUUCUGCAGCUCUGCAAUUAAAUAUAAGUGCUGCUAAAGGUCUACAAGAAGUCUUGAAAACAAAUCUUGGACCUAAAGGCACAAUGAAAAUGCUUGUAUCUGGCGCAGGUGACAUCAAACUUACAAAAGAUGGAAAUGUUUUGCUUCAUGAAAUGCAAAUUCAACAUCCAACUGCAGCAUUAAUAGCAAAGGUGGCUACAGCACAGGAUGAUAUUACUGGUGACGGAACAACAUCAAAUGUUCUUAUAAUUGGAGAAUUAUUGAAGCAAGCUGACCUUUAUAUUUCUGAAGGCUUGCAUCCUAGACUGGUGACUGAAGGUUUUGAAAUGGCAAAGAAACGUGCACUAGAAGUUUUAGAAGAGAUUAAAAUUCAAAGCAAACUUGAUCGAGAUACCUUGAUAAAUGUUGCACGGACUUCAUUAAGAACAAAAACGCCAAAGGAACUUGCUGAUCAUUUGACAGAAAUAGUUGUAGAUGCUGUACUUGCAGUUAAAAAAGAUGGUCACCCAAUUGAUCUUCAUAUGGUUGAAAUUAUGGAGAUGAUUCAUAAAACUGAUUCUGAUACAAAGCUUGUCAGUGGUUUAGUGUUAGACCAUGGUGCACGACAUCCUGAUAUGUUAAAAAAAGUUGACAAUGCAUACAUUCUCACAUGUAAUGUGUCACUGGAGUAUGAGAAAAGUGAGGUAAAUGCUGGCUUUUUUUACAAAACUGCAAGUGAGCGUGAACAACUUGUAAAAGCUGAAAGAAAGUUUAUUGAUGACAGAGUUCAAAAAGUGAUACAGUUUAAAAAACGACGUUGUGAUGGAACUGAUAAAGGAUUUGUCAUUAUUAAUCAAAAGGGUAUCGAUCCAGUUUCUUUAGACUUACUUGCUCGGGAAGGUAUUGUUGCUUUACGUAGAGCAAAGCGAAGAAAUAUGGAAAGACUUCCAUUAGCUUUUGGUGGCUAUGCUGUGAAUUCUUUUGAUGAGCUUACUGACGAUUGUCUUGGUUUUGCUGGGACUGUUUAUGAGCAUUCACUUGGGGAUUCAAAGUUUACUUUCUUGGAGGAUUCUAAAGAUCCCAAAUCAGUUACAAUAUUAGUUAAAGGUCCAAAUAAAUACACCAUAACAAUGAUUAAAGAUGCAGUACGAGAUGGUUUACGUGCAGUUAAGAACGCCAUUGAAGAUGAAUGUGUGGUACCAGGUGCUGGCGCUUAUGAAAUUGCUACCCAUGCAGCAUUGAUUGCAUUAAAAGAGACUGUUUCUACAAGAGCACGACUUGGAGUGCAGGCGUUUGCUGAUGCUUUACUAAUUAUACCAAAAGCGCUAGCCUCGAAUUCAGGUUUUGAUCCUCAAGAAGCGACUGUAAAACUACAAGCUGAGUAUGGAAGCAGUAAAGUUCCCGUUGGACUUAAUUUAAGUACAGGAGAACCAAUGAAUCCAGUAACUGAAGGGAUUUUAGACAAUUAUCGCGUUAAACGUCAACUGAUAAAUUCUUGUACUGUAAUCGCCGGAAAUCUGCUUCUUGUUGACGAAGUAAUGAAGGCAGGAAUGUCGUCACUUAAGGGCUAGUUUUUUCAGGUUUGCAGACGGAGAAAAAGUCUUACUCAUCUUCAUUUCGCGUUAGUCGAUGUUAGUUUUUCCCCAGAGAGUAUACGCAAAAUAAUUACUUGUAUAUUUGUAAUAGUUGCAGCAGAACUCAAUUUUAUAGUUUCGUAA